AUGAUUAGUCUGAUGUUUGAGGUUAAAAUUCAUGGUUCCUGCUUUAAAUAUACUUGGAUCGGUGGAUUAUGCCUGCCAAUCAAAGAAGAAGAGGAACCUGUGGUGAUUGAAUUACAAAAUGAAGAGAUGGAGCCCACUGUAUUGGAUUGUGAUUACACCUUAAAUAACACAGACUCGUUUUUGACAGUGAAAUGGUUUAGAGAUGACAAAACCAUUUAUCAAUGGAUACGUGGAUCUCCGCCUGCUCCAAUACCGGAUUAUAAAAAUGAUAUUGAUAGCUCCUAUGAAAGCUCUAUGGAUCCAAAUAAGAGAUAUAGCUCUUUGGCUCUGAUUAAUCCAACUAUAGACACAACGGGUGAUUACAAAUGUGUUGUGCAGACGGGUACGGAAACCAUUACCGUUCAUCAACGGGUCCAGGUGAUUGAUGUCAGGAAUUACACAUUGAAUCUAUAUCACAAUAAGAUACAUAAUGAAACUCAAUUGGAGUGUAAGGUCUCAAAUGUCUUUCCAAAGCCUACAUUGACUAUUACAUCGAAUGAUGAAGACGUCGUCAAAGUGGUGACCAACAAUCCUCACCACACAUUUUUUCUUGCUUUUCUUUUAUUUCCGGAUGUGUAG